AUGGCAGCGGACGCAAGAAUAAGAGAAUGCGAGCAGUUGCGAAUAAAAAUUGGAGAGGCAAAAAAUUUACUCGGACGUACUAAUUCAUGCGGAACUGUCGGAAACCGGGAUGUUUAUUGCACAGUGGCAUUGGACCAAGAAGAAAUAUGUCGCACACCGACAAUCGAACGCACCUUGUCGCCAUUUUUCGGCGAGGAGUAUCAGUUUGAGAUCCCGCGUAAAUUCCGCUUUCUCUCCGUGUACAUUUGGGAUCGCGACAAACACUUGAAACAAGACAAGCCAAUCGGGAAAAUCGCCAUUAAACGUGAGGAAUUGCACGGUUACAACAACAAAGAUCAUUGGUUCAGUUUGAGGCCCGUUGACGAAGAUUCCGAGGUGCAGGGCAUGGCACAAAUUGAGAUCGCCAUUGACGAUGGCAGUACAACCCUGACGAAGCGCGAUGAUUUUGGCGCCAAUUCUGAUGCGAUGAAAGAAAAUGCGCUUGGGACAAUUGCAGCGCAUGGCAGUCCCGCACCGAAAAGUAUACUUAAGACAAAUAGCGAGUUCAGUAAAAAAGCGAACAUUCUCGAGAGUUUAUCGGCGCUUCGAAUCGAGACAAAACCGCGGAUAAUUUUGAAAUUGACAGAAUGCAUCGAUUUGGCGCGCAAAAAUGGAUCAUGCGAUCCAUAUGCUGUCGUUACAGCUUUUUAUUCGAACAAGCGGAAAGUCGUGAAACGUACUAAGGUGAAAAAGAAGACCGUGAAUCCGGCAUUCAAUGAGAUAAUGUGCUUCGAUUUGAGCGUAGAUUCGAACGAAAGUAAGCACGAUAGUAAUUCGGCGUAUACAGUGGCGCCCCUUGGCGGUGCCGAUUUGAGUGAAAUAACGAUCACACUGUGGCACGAUUCGCCCGUGAUGGGCGACGAUGUCUUCUUGGGCGAAAUAAAGUUGCAAGUUCGCGGAAAACAGCAACAGAAUGCCCUUCAGCCGUGCGCUUGGUACUUUUUGCAACCUCGUUCGACGCAUUCCAGACAACCGAGAUCGUGUGCAACGCCCCCUGGUACCCGUUUAAGCAGCGAUUCGAGCAUGGGUUCGUUACGCCUGAAAUUGCACUAUACCGCCGAUCACGUCUUUCCCCUUGCCACGUACGACAACUUGCUGAACCUCCUGAUACAGAGUAUGGAUCAAAAGCCCAUCACUGCGAGCGCAGUGUACAUUUUGGGCGAAAUCAUCUCCAAUAAGACUGAAGUAGCUCAACCACUGGUACGAUUAUUCACAUACAAAAAUCUCAUAGCACCUAUGAUCAAGGCACUGGCCGAUCACGAAAUCUCCAAGCUGACGGAUCCCACCACAAUUUUUCGCGGAAAUACGCUCGUCUCGAAGAUGAUGGACGAAGCGAUGCGUCUCAGCGGACUGCAUUAUCUCCAUAGCACGUUGAGGCCCAUUGUCGAGGAAAUUAUCGCGGAACGCAAGCCUUGCGAAAUUGAUCCGAUGCGCGUCAAAGAUGAAGCCCUGAUUAGUACAAACUUAGUGAAUUUACAGAAUUACGUAGAAAAAGUAUUUGCGGCAAUUACGCAGUCGGCGACAAAAUGCCCUACCGUCUUGUGUCAGAUUUUCCAUGAUCUCAGAGAGAGUGCGGCGAAACAUUUUCCCGACAACAAGGAGGUACGGUUCUCCGUCGUGUCGGGCUUCAUUUUUUUGCGGUUUUUUGCACCGGCAAUUUUGGGACCAAAACUCUUCGAUUUGACGAAUGAACCAUUGGAUGCACAAACGACACGCACACUCACGCUCAUUUCAAAGACGAUUCAGUCGUUGGGGAAUUUGGUGAGUAGUCGAUCGGCGCAACAGCCGUGCAAGGAACAAUACACCGGACAACUGUACAAGCAAUUUUGUACGGAAAAACAUGUGGAUGCGGUAAAACAUUUCCUGCAAGUGAUAUCGACGUUCGGGACGCAUUCGGACAAUGAUAUUAUUACGGAACCAGUGUUACUUAAAGAAGGAAUGAUGACGAAACGCGCUCAAGGUAGAAAACGUUUCGGACGAAGAAAUUUCAAGACGCGUUUCUUUAGGAUGACGACACAAUCGUUAUCCUACUCGAAGGCGAAAGGCAAGAAAAUUCUCUGUGAUAUUCCGCUGACAGAAAUUCUGACGGUGCGAAAGGUAGACGAGCGAAGCUUUAAAAUGCAAAAUAUCUUUGAGAUUUGUCGUAAGGAACGACCAUUAUACGUACAGGCAGCUAAUUGCGUUGAGGAAAAAGAAUGGAUCGAUUUGUUGAACAAGUUGAUUCAAACUAACGUUUCACGACUUGAGUACAUCCACAAAUCCUUGUACAUUAACGGACAAUGGUCUUGUUGCGAUCAACAAGACGAGCAAGCAAGAGGUUGCACAACAGUGUCCCAGACCCCGCUCCAAAUGGAACUUGCCACAACUCUCGAUCCAGCGCGCGAUUUGCAACGCAUUCACUCGCUCAUCAUGUCACACAUCGCCAAAUUGCAGAUGAUCACGGACAGCGAUCCAUCAAAUUCGUAUGUCACAGCGGUAGUUGGUCCUCCGGCAUCGAGCGACGUCGAUGAAUUCGAGGCAUGUCGUCGUACAUUAACUUCUUUGGAAAAAAUUGCCACGAGUUUGGAGAAAAUUCAUCGAAAUUACAAGACUUUGUUGGCGCGAGACAUUCGCAUUGGCAGUGUACAAGCUCCAAUUGGUGACGACAACUACUUGCAUAUGGUACGCACUAAUUUAACGGGACAAGCACAAACGAUUGCACACAUGCAACAUCUGGACAAUUCGCCGAACUUCUUUCAUCGCAAUCACCUGCUUCGGUGUUCGGAGAACGAGAAAUAUUCUAAAUAAGGUUUUUGUUUCUUUUAUUUUGAAUUUUUGAAAAAUAAUUUAAUUACACGCUUUGUUGACUUUUGUAACUGUUUUUGUUGAUUUUUCAACUUUUUUUCUUGUUUUGUCAAUCAAAAUAUUUUUUUGUUACUCUUUAAUUAUUUUUUUUAUCAGCUUAACGAAUUAAAUUUAAUAAUAAUUAAUUUUUGCAAUAUUUUAAUUUUUCACUUUGCGCAAAAAAGCGAACAAAACCUGAGGGUAUUAAAGCAAAAUAUUUAAUAAUUUGCUUCUUAGUAGUUGAUAAGGUGCGUCUUUCUACAAAUAAAAUAUAAAAAAAUAAUUAAAAACAAUCAAG